AUGGCAAAUGAGAAGAAGAACGUACGGCCUCCUUCACUCCCGAGGAGAUCGAAACGCCGAAGAGGUACAAUUCCAUUAUACAUAUAUCUCGAAGUAGAAAGUAGCUCACAAUUCCUUCACAGGAUACUGCAAAAAGUCAAUGCUCGACUACUCCCAACCACUGCCAUCAUCUACCUGCUAUGCUACCUCGACAGGUCCAACAUCGGCAUCGCACAUAUCCUAAAUGCUGACACCAGAGACGACAAUCUCUCCACAAACAACAUAAGCGCCUUCGACUUCGCCAUCGCCCUCAUGGUCUUCCCAGUCGCAUACUCCCUCUUCGAAGCGCCCAGCAAUCUGGCUCUCAAGAUGCUGUCGCCAAAGAGGUGGUUCGGCUUCCUGAACAUCGCAUUCGGUGUCUUCUGCGUGGGCAUUCUUGUUUUCUUCUUUCUGCCGAACUAUCCAGAGCAUGCGGGCUGGUUGACCGAGGAGGAAAAGGUCCUUCAGGUGCGUAGAAUGGGCAUUCACAGCAAUGCUAGUGAGUCGAAGAUCAGCUGGGAAGAUGCAAAAGGCACACUACUCACCUGGCACUUCUACGGCCACUACGUCGCCUACUUAGCCGUUGCCUGCGGUGUGUCUUCCCUGUCGCUAUUUUCGCCAACAGCCGUUCGUGGGCUAGGAUACAGAUCGCUGGAUACUCAGCUUUACACUGUACCUCCUUAUACCAUCGCAUAUGUCGUAACCGUGGCUGACCGCUACAAGUCCCGAGGAAUCGUUGCCGCCGAAUCCAUAGUCGUCGGCACCAUCGUUUAUGCUGUUGUCGGUAAGAUAUGA